AUGGACAGCUCAGUCAGAUUACCAUACUAUGCAGCAGACGUCCCUUUCCCUCUCCCGACAGAAGCUGAAAUUGAGAACGCACCGAAUAUAUCUCCGGAGUAUGGAGGGCGACGGGUUGUCCAGGUCGGAUGCCAUUAUGUGGUGAAGUUCGGGAAGGGCGUCAACCUUGUUGAAGGAGAGAACAUGCUGUUUGUUCGGGAAAUGACAAAGGUCCCUGUGCCUCGAGUUUAUGCUCUCUAUUCAAACCCACAAACAUGUAAAAACUACAUCGUCAUGGAGCAUAUUGCUGGUGAUACACUCGCAAAACUGUGGGCGAGUUUGACGUGUGCAGAGAAGGAAUCGAUUGUUGCAAAACUGCGCGGUUACUGCAAGGAGUUACGCCAGUUGCCAUCACCAGGUUACUAUGGUAGCAUAGGCAAACGAUGCUUUCUUGAUGAGAUAUUUUGGACACAGCACGAAGAAGUUACAAUCAACGGUCCGUUCACCACCGAAGCCGCGCUCAACGAAGCGAUGGCGAGGAAAUACACUUAUGACAGCCGGCCUCGUUACAGAGCAGAUUUUUACCGCCAAUGUCUGCCACACAUUUUCUGUGGCCAUAAGCCGACGUUUACUCAUGGUGACUGUCAACGCAAAAAUAUUAUGAUUCGGAGCGACCCCCAGCGGACAACUGCCAGUAAUCGGGCCCUGGAGCUUGUCAUUCUUGACUGGGAGAAGUCUGGUUGGUAUCCAAGUUACUGGGAGUACUGUCUAGCUGUUUGUGCAUUACGUUGGGACGAUGACUGGGGCCUCUGGAUUGAGAAAAUGCUAGAUCCGUUUAUAGCUGAAGUGUCCUGGCUGCAAAUGCUUCGCCUAGAAUUGUGGUCCUAG